AUGCUGGUUGCCACCGUGUUUCUUUCACUUGUGUCUCUCUCCUUCGCCAUACCCAGUUCCAACUUCACCUCCACAAAACGCUCUGUUUCUGGACCCGCCAUCGCUACAGACUUUCCCGACCCGUCUCUCCUCUGGGUGCCGCAGGAGAACUCGUGGUUUGCGUUUGGGACGACUGGGAAUGGGAAGCACGUGCAGAUGGCAAGUAGUCCCGAUUUCAAAACCUGGACAUACGAAAACACCGACCCGCUACCCACUGUAGCGAAUUGGGUAGCGAGCAGCGCGAAUGUCUGGGCGCCGAUGGUUGUACAACUUGAUGACGGCUCGUUUGUUAUGUACUACUCUGCCACUGCUGCGUCAAACACGGCGGCCCACUGCAUUGGUGCUGCAACCUCCACCAAUGUCCGUGGCCCAUACACUCCCGUUCAGUCCACGAUUGCCUGCCCCAUUAGCCAAGGCGGCGCCAUUGACCCAGCUGGACACCACCAUCCUGAUGGGAGCCUUUAUGUCGUCUACAAAAUCGACGGAAAUAGUCUUGGACACGGCGGGUCAUGCAACAACGGCGUCAAGCCAAUCGUUUCUACCCCUAUCAUGCUCCAGAAAGUCGCAGCCAACGGCUAUACCCCCAUCGGCAGCCCAGUUCAAAUACUUGACCGUGACGACGGCGACGGCCCGCUUGUCGAGGCACCUAGUCUCGUCCACGUUGGGAGCACGUUCUUUCUCUUUUUCAGCUCCGGGUGUUAUUCUGACACAAGCUACGACCUUUCGUAUGCCACUGCUUCAGUGGUGACUGGCCCGUAUACGAAGGCGCGCGCACCCAACGCGCCGUUGCUGGUCACGGGCACAGAUGGGUUGCGAGCGCCAGGAAGUGCCUGCGUCACGAGAGACGGGAGCAAGAUCGCCUUCCAUGCAUUCAUCGGUUCGGAUAUUGGCACCGGACGGGCGAUGUGGACGGGAGUUCCUACGUUCAACGGGAACAUCGUGACGGUAAAAUAG